AUGGCACUUCCUCCAGGACUAACAAAAGACCGAUACGAGGUGCAGUUCGGCACCAACCAUCUAGGCCAUACAUUGCUGAUCCAGAAGCUGUUACCACUACAGCAACGUACCACCGAAACAGGCACGGAUGUACGCGUCGUUAUCCUCACAUCGAUAUGUUAUCAGCUGCAUCCCUAUGGGGUUAUCAUUUCCGACGACUUGAAAAUUACGCAGGACUACGGCUUCUUGGUAUCCUGGAGACAGUACGGUCAGAGCAAGCUGGCUAAUAUUUUGUAUACCCGAGAAUUGGCUCGUCGGUAUCCGGGUAUUACCGCCGCCUCAGUUCAUCCCGAGAUGGUCACGCUCGAGGACGGUGCGUAUAACCAGUUGUGGGCUGCUACGACGUCUAAGGAUCGUUUGAUGACCGGUCAGUUAUAUAUGCUGGUUGGUGUUGCGUCUAACGAUAAGCUCACCGAGACCGCGCAAGACGAUGUAUUGGCUGGCCAGCUUUGGGGGUGGACGGAUAAGGCAUUGGAAGACUAA